AUGAUGAUCGACUGGGCCGAUCUUUUUCGGCAAGUGGGACGUCCGGUGCUACCGCCUGCACCCUUGCCAGAGGGCUUAGUCUUAACGGCUGCCGCGAAUGAUGGAGUUCCUGCACCGCUUUCUGUGAUGGUGGCCGGUCGCAAUAGCACGGAAGCGAAGCUCGUUGCAGAAGCAGCCUUGAAUGAGUGGGCGAACGACGACAGGAGUGAACGUUGGCGCCACGACGACUUCACUUUCUACGGCCCCGGCGGCAUUGGCCUCGCCAGACGCCGAGAAGUUUACCAAAAUCUCGUGAUUCAGCCGUUUCGAGCAGCUUUUGCCAAGCGCCGGGUGGAGAAGGACAUGCUGUUCUGCGAGGGAAACUAUUGUGCAGCGUGUGGGAGGUUCUGGGGCGAGCACGUUGGCACGUGGGUCGGACAGGUGGCGACUCAGAGGCGUGUCAGCUUGAGGUUCGGCAUGCACUGGCGAGUGGAGGAAGGCAGGGUCCGGGAGGCUUGGGCGAUUUUCGAUUUCCCUGGCUUCUUGAAGCAGUUGGGCAAGGACUUCUACGACAUAGCCAGGUAUGCCAAGGUCUUUAAAUUUUCGUGCAGUUUCGCAGCCUUGAACAUGGCCGAGGGCAUCGUGUGGAAGUGGUCUCCUCACCUUUGGCAGGACUUCAAGGCCUCGUGGGCUAUCACUCCUCCGUGCUGGUCGAUGGGGAGGAGUACUAUUUCACACCAAGCGGGAUUCGUUGUUACCCGAGACUUACCAGCCACAAGAAAGCGCGAGGUGUCCAACGGAAGCAGGUGGGCGAAAGCUGGCUACCGAGAAUCUGUCGAGGGGCCCGAAGGUCCAGGCGGCCCAGCGGACACCGAGCCUUUCCUAAGCAUUGCGAGCCGCUGUCAACCGCCUGGCAUCGCCCAUCUCACAGUUUUCUUUGAAGGCACGGCCAACACAAUCGAGCCCCUCAGUACCCAGAUCGGUCUCUUCUUCAACCUCACGGACGCUUUCGACGUCAGCGGUGGAACUCUGGGUGGAGCGCCCAUCAGUCAGCCAAGAAAGAUGGCAUUUGAUGGCUGUGGUGUUACAGACGGCUUCUGUGGCACCAUUUGUGCCAAAGGCUUGCGGAGGCAGUGUGCUGCCGUGCGACGUCAAGUCGACAGCUUGGUGGCCGAACUCGCCUCCAGCUGCCAAACCCCUCCGGCUUUGCGGGUCAAUGCUGUGGGCCUGUCUCGCGGAGGUGUUGCUUGCUUGUACCUAGCCCAAGCGCUGGCAGACCUGCAUAUGUCGACUUGCGAGCUUUCGUUGUUGUUGUUUGAUCCUGUUCCUGGUGAUUUGCUGACAGUUGCACAGCUCGACUUAUUUCGGCUCUCGAAUACUUCCGCGUGCUGUGAUGUUUCCACAUGCCAGUGCCUCGCACGUGUUUUAGCGUUGUACCCAUACGAACCUUUGCCUGCAAUCGCUUGCCAUGCUCCAGUCCUAUGCCACUAUCCGGAGCACUGCCUGGUUGAGGAGGAAGUCACGCCUGGCUGUCAUCAGGGGGCCUUGCAAGUGCACGGCUUGCAGGGGCCGCGCUUAGAUUUUGACUCUGCACUCUCUUUUCUGCGCAUACGCCGCUGGCUGAUGGAGUGUGGGACGCCUCUAGAUCAACGACACCUGGACUGCACAGUCUCGGUAAAGACGCUCGAGGAUUUCUGCCUGCGGAAAUGUAACCAGGAGGCGAGGCGUAACCGUGCCAGCGUCCGGUCCUCCCACAGUGCCCACAGCUAUUGGGGAGCCACCAUAGCUCGAAGACAGAUAUCAGCAGAGGAGGAGGCAUACCUGAACCAGCACCACAAGCUGCUGUCGAAUGCAGUCUCCCGCGAAGACAGCGAAUGGAUUUUGGAAAUACAACGGGAGGCCAAGAACCUGUGCUUCGAGCAUGACCCACGACACGGCCAGACCUGUUCCGCCGGGGAUGCGUGCCCGAAAGAGCAUUUGGACACGUUCCAGGAGGAUCUGGCCGAGCGUUUGGACACGGCCAGAAGAGCAUGGGAGGAAGCACUUCUUCGACGCAGGCAGAAAGAAGAAGAGGGCAGAUCGAGUCUCCAACCUUCAACAGCACCCAGCUCAAGGACUUUGCGUGCAUCUUGUACGCCGCACAUUUGCGAGGACCUUCCGGUGCCACCAGGUAUCUUUGAGGUGCCAUGGUACUACGAUGAGAGGUGGUUCCGUCGGGCGACUGCUGCAAGGUUGAUCUCUUCAGCCAGCUUCUUGGCCUGCUCUGCUCUCUGGGCCUGCACGCCGCGGCUUCGGCGGUAUCGGGAGAUGCAUCCUGACACGAGGCCAGUCUUUGCAUCCGACAUGGGUGAGCGAUUCGCAAGGAUGCUAGCUUCCUUUCGAACGCCCGCUGUGCUCUGCGUGGAGAAGCCUUACCUGGAAGGCUUCGUCGAUGGUUUCGCAAAGUCAGCUGCGGGAGAUUUCGUUCUACUAGCCGUGAAUGGUGGAGACGCGCCAUUGUCCACCGAUCUCCAGCGUCGCAUCGGAGCACUGCCGGGCUUGAAGGCUUGUUUUGCGAUGAAUCUCCACAAACCUUCCGAUGGCCGCUUCUUUCCUCUUCCUGUCGGCCUGCCUCAUCACUGCGAUGGCCUCCAUCGUGGAAGACUGCGAGGCUCAGGUGAUGCCGAGUUGUUGAUUGAACGAGUCCGGCGCUGCGCGGCUGCCUGGGAAGCACGCGACCGGAGGCUUCUGGUCACACCGAUGCAGGCCAGCCGCCUGCGGACAAGAUACAUUGAAGCCUUGACUCAGCCUGAGUUCUCCCAGCUGGUUCAUGUGGUGACGAGCCCGAGCCGGCUGGACUUCCCGGACUUCCUUUCUCUCUUGAGCCAACACCGAGCUGUUCUCUCCCCUCCAGGGCGAGGACACGACUGCUAUCGCACAUGGCAAGCGUUGGCGGUUGGGACUGUGCCGCUGGUCGUGCAGGAUCCGCUCUUCGACGAGCGUUUGUACGAGAUUGCCAAGCUGCCGGUGAUUCCGUUUCCGGAGAACCUGACUCCAGAUUCGCUGCAGGCUUUGCUGGAGCGGCUUGUGAAUCCAGAUCCUUGGCAGCGCUGCGUGGAGACAACGUACUGGGCAGACAUAUGGCGACUCCACCUCCAAGAUCAAAGCCAGGGCUGA